CAGGUGCAUGGGGGCAGUGUUGCACCACUGAAUGCACUUUUCCUCUUACUCCUCCUCCUCCUCCAAAGUUCCUGGUGGGACAACGCACCAACUUUUUUCCCUUCUUCUGCAAAGUGUUUUUGGUGCUGCUGCAGUGAGGCUUGUGGACCUGCUGCUGCUCACCAUCAUGGCGCCCUUUGGGAGGAACUUCUUGAAAGCUCGUCUGAAAAGCAGGACCAAAGACAGCGAGGUUGUGACGGGGAAGGAGAUUCAGGUGACGGUCUGCAAGGAAGAGAAGGUCGUCUGUGGGGUGACCAAACACACCACCUGUGCUGACAUCAUUCAGGCAUUACUAGACGAUCACAGAUCCAUCGCAGAGAGCAAGCGGCUCCUGCAUGGAGAGUCCAAAGACUUCUGUCUGCUGGAGCGCUGGAAGGGUUUCGAAAGAGCCUUGCCGCCACUCACCAGGAUUUUGAGGCUGUGGAACGCUUGGGGAGAUCAGAGACCCUUCAUCCAAUUUGUUCUGGUGAAAACCAGCGACUUUGUGCCCACGCGGGCCAUGAAAGGUCCAAAGACUAGAAGCAGCAGCAAGGCUGUGAGAAGCGUGAAGAACCUUCAGACGCUGCCUGUGGACAAGCAGAAGCGUGUGGUGAAGAAAGUCUUCAGGAAGCUAGAGAAGAUUCACAAGGACGGCAAAGUGGAGAUCCAGGACAUGGUGCAGAUCAUUCUGGACCAGGACCACACCAUCCAGGAGCAGAUCCGGCGGAUGAGGGAUCUGGAUUUUCAGACGGCGCAGCUUCAGGUGCAGAAAGAAGGAGAAGAGUUUUUUGAGGACUGUGGAUCCACUUUAAACCCAGAGCAGCUUGAUGAGCUCCUGCACGCCAGUGAAGACGUCCACCAGCUGGAGCUUCAGCUUCAGAGGCACCAGGCUGUCAUCAGGCAGCUGAGUCACGACAUCGACGCAGAGCUGAGGAUGGCAAGCGAAGGGGAAGAAGCGAAGGCUUCGUCCUGGACCUACCGUGAGACCGACCAGUCUCUGCUGGCCGAUCUGGAGAGGAUGCAGGCGGAGCUGAGACGCAGCGUCUUGGCGGGCUUGGCUCUUUGUGGGCAAGCGGCGGAAGUGGAUAAGCAGCUUCAUCAGUCCGAGACCGCUCUGCUCUCCAGAGAUCAGGAGUGCCGGCAACUGGCCACACAGCUAGGCUCGCUGCAAAUAUGCGAAGCCGCAGAGGAGGCACCUGUUGCCGUGAAAAUGGGGACUCGGGCGGCAACGUUCAAGCAGGGCUCGUCCCUCGCCGACGUGACGGACACGGACUCUGACACUGGCAUUAGUUCCACACACAGUCAGGACUCGCUGUCACCCAGCCAAAACUUUCAUCCUCCACUAGACACAGACGUCUGAUAAAAAGACUUAACAGCGUUUUCGACUUUGUGCAAAACAAACAUUGAAGAGGUCAUAUUGUGCAAAACCAAUUUUCUCUUACCUGUUGGUUCCUGUUUUUGUGUAUUUGGAAUCUGCAUUAAAUCCUGAAAAUUUUAAAUCAAA